AUGGCAUCCAUCACUUUUAGGACUCCAUUGUCCUCUCAGGAGCAGGCGUUUUACAAUCAGAAAUUUCAUGAAUUAGAUUCAGAAGAUCUUGGCGUGGUUACGGGCGAGGCGGUAAGACCACUCUUUGCAUCUUCAGGGUUGCCAGGGCAGAUAUUAUCCCAAAUCUGGGCCAUGGUCGAUAUAGACAAUAAAGGGUUUUUGAACUUGAACGAAUUUUCAGCUGCGUUGAGAGUAAUUGCUCAAUUGCAGCAACUUCCCAAUCAACCGAUUUCUACUGUUCUCUACGAGAACACCCCAAAUCAACUGGCCGCCUUUUCCACAGAUCAGAAGCCAACUUCCAUGCAAAGCACUAGUGCUACAGCUAAUGCAAACGUGGCUGACAUUCCUCCUUUGUCCGCUAACGAUAUUGCAAAAUUUUCACAACUGUUUGAUAGAACAGCAAAGGGCGCUCAAACUGUUGCAGGAGAUAAGGCUAAGGAUAUAUUCUUGAAGGCAAGAUUACCAAACCAAACUUUGGGUGAAAUUUGGGCUCUUUGUGAUAGAGACACUUUAGGCGUCCUUAACAAGUCUGAAUUCAUAAUGGCCAUGUACUUGAUCCAACUUUCUAUGUCUCAUCACCCAAGCAUGAACCCACCACCAGCUGUGUUACCUACCGAGUUAUGGGAUUCUAUUCGUUUAGAACCUAUUACUGCCAGCCAACAGAACAAAACAGCUCCCUUGAGUGCCAAUUCUACGGGAAUGUCCUCGCUGACAAGGAAUUCCACCAUAUCACGUUUGUCGACAGGUGCGUUCGGUAAUGCUGCUUCGGAUUGGUCUCUAAGUUUCGAGAAAAAGCAACAAUUUGACGCAAUUUUCGACUCACUAGACAAACACCAUGCUGGUUCUUUGAGCUCCGCUGUGUUAGUUCCAUUUUUCUUAUCAUCUAGAUUAAAUCAGGAGACAUUGGCCACUAUUUGGGAUUUAGCUGAUAUUCAUAACAAUGCUGAAUUCACCAAAUUGGAGUUUGCUAUUGCAAUGUUUUUGAUUCAAAAGAAAAACGCCGGAGUCGAAUUACCGGAUGUUAUUCCAAAUGAAUUAUUGCAAUCUCCUGCUCUGGGACUUUAUCCACCAAACCCACUCCCUAAACAACAAAGCGCCCCUCAAAUUGCCAUCCCUUCAAGAGCAAGUAAGCCAUCUUUCCAUGAUAUGUCAUACCAAAAAUCUGCUCCAAUUUUCAAUACUCAGCCAACAGCCCCACAAGUCCUUCCUCAAAACUCAAACAACGGUUCUUUGAACGAUCUAUUGGCUUUGAACCCUUCGUUCAGCUCCCCUUCUCCUCCAAAAACACAAGCGGUCGUUCAAAACAACACCAAUAACAGCUUCUUAUAUGAUAAUAAUAGUAGUCAAACAACAUUACAACAACAACAACACUCACAGCAACAGCCUCCAACUUUGACUCACUCCUCUUCUGGAUUGAAAAAAUUUACUCCAACAUCCAAUUUUGGGCAGAGUAUAAUUAAGGAAGAACCUGAAGAACAAGAACAACCAAAGGAAACUCAAAGAGCCUUCAGCACUCAACAGCCUCCACCAGUACCAAAGCAUGCUGCGAGCCCAGUCCAACGUGCCGCCUCUGUGACGCUUCCACAGGUUCCAAACUUUUCUGGCUUUAGCAUGCCAGCAGGUGCGGCUGCGGGCGCUGCUAUAGGAGCUACUGUAGGAGCUGCUGCCUUGGGUGUAUCUGCUUUAUCAAACUCUUCCAAUAAUGCUUUCAAAAACCAGGAUUUAUAUGCUGACGGUGAAGCUUCAGCCCAGUUAUCUAGUGCAACCACCGAAAUGGCCAAUUUAUCUAAUCAAGUAAACUCCUUGUCCAAGCAGGCAAGUAUUACCAAUGAGAAAAAAUCGAGAGCUACUCAGGAGUUAAAGCGCGUUACUGAAAUAAAAAAUUCCAUCCAAUCCAAACUGAAUAAUUUGCGUUCCUCUCAUGACCAAAAUGUUAAGCAAACUGAACAACUGGAAGCGCAAGUCACUGAAGUCAAUAAAGAAAAUGAAACAUUGUCACAACAGUUAGCUGUCUCGGAGGCAAAUUACCAUGCCACUGAGUCUAAACUGAAUGAAUUAACUACAGAUCUUCAAGAAUCUCAAGCCAAAAACGCCGAACUGAAAGAGCAAAUUAUCAACUUGAAUUCAAUGACCGCGUCCUUACAAUCGCAGUUGAAUGAAAAACAACAGAACGUCAAGCAAGAAAGAUCAAUGGUUGAUGUUAAUUCUAAGCAAUUAGAGUUGAAUCAAAUUACAGUGACAAACUUGCAGAAGGAAAUCGAUGGUCUUGGUGAAAAAAUUAGCGUUUAUUUGACCAAGCAAAAGGAACUGAAUGAUUAUCAAAAAACUGUCGAAGAGCAACAUGCUCAAUUACAAAGUAAGUAUCAAGAUCUGUCCAACAAGGACACUGAUUUAGCGGACCGUGAAAAACAAUUAGAAGAACGUAACAAGCAGAUUGAAGAACAAGAAAGUCUUUACCAUCAGCACGUUUCCAACUUGCAAGCGAUGUUUGAUGAUUUAUCUCAAAGAAAAGCAGCUUUUGAUAAAGCAGAUCAAGAAUUGAAGGAGAGAAACAUUGAAUAUGCCAAUAACGUAAGAGAGUUAUCUGAAAGACAAAUGAACCUAGCAAUGGGACAACUACCGGAUGAUGCUGAAGGUAUUGUUACAAAGAAUAUCUCCAAUACAGAUGCAGCGACUAAAGAAGUUGCCCCAAAAGAAAAUGCUCACGAAGACACAGUAUCCAAAUUUGUUGAGACUACCGUUGAGAAUUCAAAUUUAAAUGUUAAUCGUGUCAAGGAGGACGAAGAAAAGACAGAAAGAACCGAAAGCGACGUUUUUGAUAGAGACGUUCCGACUUUAGGGUCUCAAAGUGACAAUGAAAAUACGGCCACAAACAAUGGCACCGAAUCAGGUGCCGAGACGGGAAAUGCAAAUUUAAAUGAAACAUUAAGUGACAGAUUUGAUGGUGAUCUGAAUGAAUAUGGUAUUCCAAGGAGUCAAUCGUUGACGUCGUCAGUUGCCAAUAAUGCUCCUCAGUCGGUCAGGGAUGAUGUUGAGCUACCAGAAACACUAGAAGAACGUGAUACUACUAUCAAUAACGUCACAAAUAGGGAUAGAGCGGAAAACUUGUCUCACAUCCCUGGCGAAUGGGAAGCUGCGCCAGCCACAGCUUCCACUGAUGUUUUGAGCAAUGAAAGUACAGAAGUUGUUGAAAAUGGAAGUACUACUAAAAGGGCUAAUUCUAAUGAAGGUGGCGAGUCUGACAGUUCUAUUCAAGAAUCACCAAAAUUGUCUGCUAAAUCACUUUCAGAUGCUCACCUAAAAACAAAGACAAUAAAUGAAGAAUUUCCACCAAUUCAGGAAUUGCAUAUUGAUGAAAGCGAUUCGUCAUCUUCAGAUGACGAUAAAUUCGAAGAUACUAGGGAAGUACCAUCUGCAGCCGUGAACUCUUCUCAAACUCCAUAUCAUCCUCAAACUCCAUAUCAUCCUCAACCAACAUCAUUUUCGGCGGUCACCGCGAAUCAAAAAAGACAAAUUCCUGUCCAAGAUUACGCUUCUCUGCCUAGUGAGGCCAACUUUCAGAAAGCAAAUACUAGUCCAGCUUUGCCCGCCAAGGACGAAUUUGAUGAUGAAUUUGCAGGAUUAGAGCAAGCAGCGGUAGAAGAAGAUAAUGGUGUUGAUUCCGAAUCCGAAUUUGAAAACGUUGUCAAUACCGGAUCAAUGGAGCAGUUCGAAACUAUAGACCAUAAGGACCUUGAUGAUGAAUUGCAAGGAAACACCUUUACAGGAGCGUUAAGUAGAUCCUCCAAUCCAAGUACUCCAGGACAUCAAGUGCAUAAGGUGCAAGAACAAGCAACUAAUGAUCCUGCUCAAGUGAGCAACGAUGAAUGGGAUGAGAUUUUUGCUGGGUUUGGCAAUUCAAAAACUGAAUCAACUGUUUCACAACAACCUGUUCCGUUGAAGACAGAAUCUACCGCCAAUGCUAGCCUGCAGAAAAAUCCAUUAAUCAACCGCGGCAUUGCGACAACACCAAAGUCCUUGGCCAUUGAAGAAUUAAGCGGCAUGGGGUUCACCGAGGAAGAAGCACAUAAUGCCUUAGAGAAAUGCAACUGGGAUUUGGAAGCGGCUACCAAUUUCCUAUUGGACAGUGCUUAA